GUUCUCCCAUAAGCCACUGCAUGGGUGCCGUUCCCAUGGCAACCGGUCACCGCAGUGAUUCAACAGUGAGGAGACACAGGAAAAACAUGACAGAUUUCAUGGGAAGGAAGUCUGACUGGAUGCUGAGGACAUACUGACAGACAUCGAGCUCCUAUCUCUGGUAAACACUGAGCCGAGUGCUGCUUCCUUCCUCGUCCUGGACGAGACAUUUCACACAAAGCAAACAUGAAGAAGAAAAAACAGCGGACAAAAAAGACCAACAAAAAGAAUAAAGAGUGUGAAAAGGUGUCCUUGGAUGAAACCUGCCGGGCCUUCAGGUCCAGCGGGCCGGAGUUUGAGCUCUUCCUGGUGGAGAUGUCACGGUGGUUUUUGGACCGUCAGCAGCAGCUGGACGAGCUGUUCAGACAUGAGGACGCAGGCGGAAGUGGAUCAGUCCACAUGAAGGAUUUCGAGCUCGGUCUGAUGAACCUGAACGAUCCCUGUCGGCACGUUCAGCUCUACGUUCUGACUCAGCUGCUGAAAACCUCCAACAACACGAUCAGUUAUCGAGACCUGAGCAGACGAAUUCAGAGUCUGAGAGCGGGAGACGGCACAGAGAUCAAUACUCGAAUAUCAGGUGAUCAACUGUUGGACAGGUUCGUCCGUCUGCGUGUCAGACUGAUCCCAUUCGACUUCUCGGCGACACAUCCAGGAAACUUUGAGGUGGUUUUGCUGACCAGCAGCAGAGUUUUCAGGCUGAUCCGGAUCAUCCAGGACCGGGUCGGGAUCCAGACCUACAGACUGGAGGUUUUCAGGAGCAGAGUGCCCAGAGAGGAGGCCCGGCUGACCCCGGAGAGCUCCCUGGAGGAGUGUGGCUUCAGGGGGGGACCAGAGGAAACUCCUCCAGAGGACACAGUGUACUACGACUACACACUCCUGUUUACAGACUGUCCCGUUCUGAACUGUGACCACUACUUCAGGUCCACAUCCCGCUGAGACUCUGCUGCCUUCAGGAGCAGCCAGCGGCCGUAAAAUGUGUUUUUGACCGAGCUAGCUGCUCAGCUAAAACGGUCCAGACUGAAAUAUCUCAACAACUUCCAGACGAAUAACCAAGAACUUUGGUUUGGACAUUAAUGUUCCCCUCAGGAAGAUGCACAUCGGGCUGCGGUGCUGUUGGAAGGUGCGCACGUAGACGCCUACUAGUUUUUUCUUUUUAAUCACUGCUAACGUGCUGACAGACUACAGAGCAGCUUCUCUUCUCAGGCUGACAGACUACAGAGCAGCUUCUCUUCUCAGGCUGACUCCUCUAUUCACCCUCAGCUGCAGGCAUUUAGAAUAAUUAUGCAGAAAUAACUAAUCUUCUCGCUAACGGUCUUGUUUGCUCGUGUGGGUCGCACAGAGGCUUCGGUGUUAAACUGAGGCUGUUUCACAACCAGUUAAAAGUUGAAGCGCGGUACUUUCCAUCGCUGCCUGAGUAUUGAACGCCUGCAGCGUCGACACGAACAAUCAGGAGGGUUUGCUCUUAAAAGAGGAUUAAUGUGAGGAGGCUGCGGGGAGCCCGACACACUCAGCACCUUCAGGCCUGUUUACACUUUAAUUAAACUCUCAGAUGUGUUUAAAUAACAG